UCAGGCUCCCUGCCUGGAGCUCACUCAUCCUGCCAGCAGGACCAUAGUGCAAGGCUUAGACUCUCCCACACCUCGUCUGAUUGGAAACGCUGUCCUGCGAAAUCUGAGAAAAUCAAAUUCCUUACUGAGACCAUUUCACACAGAAUUUCCUUAGGAGCGGUGCUGGGGCCUUGUGAUGAUACACCAACUUGUGCUACCAACCUUCAAAAUUUGGACUGUCUAACACGCAGGUCAUGAACCUUGUAAUUAAGAAAUUCUUGAAGACAAUGUCGAAUAUGAUCCAGGAGAAAAUGUGAUUUGAGUCUGGAGACAACUGUGCGUUUUGAACAUACUACAAGUUCAUUUGGACUCUAAUGAUGGAGAAAAAACAUAUAUUCUAUUUUAUGUUUCUCCUUCCCUUUAAUAUGACUCUUGUCACAGCAGAGCCAGAAGAAGAAGAAGGCUUUAACCAAACAGAACUGGGAGUCACUAGAAACAAGAUCAUGACUGCUCAAUAUGAAUGUUACCAAAAGAUUAUGCAAGAUCCUGUUCAACAGGCAGAAGGCCUUUACUGCAACAGAACAUGGGAUGGAUGGCUGUGUUGGAAUGAUGUUGCAGCAGGAACUGAAUCAAUGCAGUAUUGCCCUGAUUAUUUUCAGGAUUUUGAUCCUUCAGAAAAGGUUACAAAGAUCUGUGACCAAGAUGGAAACUGGUUUAGACAUCCAGAUAGUAACAGAACAUGGACAAAUUAUACUCUGUGUAAUAAUAGCACACAUGAAAAAGUGAAGACCGCACUGAAUUUGUUCUACCUAACUAUAAUUGGACAUGGAUUAUCUAUUGCAUCACUGCUCAUCUCUCUCAUCAUAUUUUUUUAUUUCAAGAGCCUAAGUUGUCAACGGAUCACCUUGCAUAAGAACCUGUUCUUUUCAUUUGUUUGUAAUUCGAUUGUGACAAUCAUUCACCUCACUGCGGUGGCCAAUAACCAGGCUUUAGUGGCCACAAAUCCUGUGAGCUGUAAAGUGUCUCAGUUCAUUCAUCUUUACCUGAUGGGCUGUAACUACUUUUGGAUGCUCUGUGAAGGCAUUUACCUACACACACUCAUCGUGGUGGCUGUGUUUGCAGAGAAGCAACACUUGAUGUGGUAUUACUUUCUUGGCUGGGGGUUCCCGCUGCUUCCUGCCUGCAUCCAUGCCAUUGCCAGAAGCUUGUAUUACAAUGACAAUUGCUGGAUCAGUUCAGAUACCCAUCUCCUCUACAUCAUCCACGGUCCAAUUUGUGCUGCUUUACUGGUAAAUCUCUUUUUCCUAUUAAAUAUUGUUCGUGUUCUGAUCACCAAGCUGAAAGUUACUCACCAAGCAGAGUCCAAUCUUUACAUGAAAGCUGUGAGAGCUACCCUCAUCUUGGUACCGCUCCUUGGCAUUGAGUUUGUGCUUUUCCCAUGGCGGCCUGAAGGAAGGGUUGCUGAGGAGGUGUAUGACUAUGUCAUGCACAUCCUGAUGCACUAUCAGGGCCUUUUGGUGUCUACAAUUUUCUGCUUUUUUAAUGGAGAGGUUCAAGCAAUUCUGAGAAGAAACUGGAACCAAUAUAAAAUCCAGUUUGGAAAUGGCUUUUCCCACUCUGAUGCUCUCCGCAGUGCAUCCUACACAGUGUCAACAAUCAGUGAUAUCCCAGGGUACAGUCACGACUGUCCCACUGAACACUUAAAUGGAAAAAGCAUCCAGGAUAUUGAAAAUGUCACCUUAAAGCCAGAGAAAAUGUAUGAUCUAGUCAUGUGAAAAUAGAGAGAGCUCACCUGUUUUGUGCCACUUGAACAAACAAUGUUAUAAUCAGAAGAUUUAGUAGCAAAUGGAUUUCUUGGAUGCCACGAAGGAAGCCCUCAAAUGAAAUGAGAUGUGUGAUGCUCAAUGCUUAACAACCCUCUCUAUGGCGGGGGGUUGGGG